AUGUUAUUCGUCUUUUUUCUUCUUCCUCAUCUUUUUACUUAUUCCCCGUUUUUUUUUUACAUCUUCCACGUCAAAUUUUCUUCUUCCUCGUCCUUUUUCUUCUUCUUCAUCAUCAUCUUAUUUCUUCUUCCCCAUCUUUUUUUUCUUUUCUUUUUUUCAUAUUUACCAUCAUUUUUUCGUCUUCCACAUCGAUUUUUCUUCUUCCACUUCUUUCUUCUUCUUCCUCAAUUUUUUCUUCCUCCCCCUUUCUUUUUUUUAUUUUUCUCCUUUUUAUUUUUUAUUUAUUAUUUUCAUCUUUUUCACAUUCACUUUCUUAUUUUUCAUUCUCUUCUUCCUUCUUCACUUCUUAGUCUUAUUUUUAUGCAUUUUAUUCUCUUUUUCUUCCAUUUCCCUCUUAUUUAUUUGCCUUCUUUAUUCUUCACCUUCUUUUUCUUCUUCAUUUAUUUAUCUUCUUCUUCGCCUUCUCUUAUUCGAUUAUUCCUUUAUUUUAUUUUUUCUUUCUUUAAUUUUCUUUCCUUUUUCCUCUCCCAUUGUCUUUUCUCUUUUUCUCUUUCUUUUCUUUUUUUUUUUGAUGGCUAUUAUUAUAAAAUUGUUUUAUUCUACUUUUCUUUUAUUUGUCGUCUUCUUCAUCUUCUCACCUGUUCUUCGCCGUUUUUAUCUUUUUUUUUCCUUUUCUUUUUCUGUUCUUCUGCCUUUUCCAUUAUUUCUUACUUUUUUCUUCCUUUCUUUUUCUUCCUUUUUUUCACAUUUUCUUCACAUUGUUUUUUUCACAUUGUUUUUUCACAUUGUUUUCUUCCUUUUUUUUCUUCCUUUUUUCUUCCUUUUUUUCUUCCUUUUUUUACAUUGUUUUCUUCCUUUUUUCUUCCUUUUUUCUUCCUUUUUUUCUUCCUUUUUUUACAUUGUUUUCUUCCUUUUUUCUUCCUUUUUUCUUCCUUUUUUCUUCCUUUUUUCACAUUGUUUUCUUCACAUUGUUUUUUUCACAUUGUUUUCUUCCUUUUUUCUUCAUUUUUUCACAUUGUUUUCUUCACAUUGUUUUUUUCACAUUGUUUUCUUCCUUUUUUCUUCAUUUUUUUCUUCCUUUUUUCACAUUGUUUUCUUCACAUUGUUUUUUUCCUUUUUUUCUUCCUUUCUUUUUCUUCCUUUUUUUUAACAUUGUUUUUUUCACAUUGUUUUCUUCCUUUUUUUUCUUUAUCGUUUUACUUUGCCCCCUAUUUAUUUCUCCAUUUCAUAUCUGGCCUUCCUCUCACUCUCUCUUUCGCUCUCUCUCUCUCUCUCUUCGAUCUCUCAUUCUUUCUCUUUCAAUCUCUCUCUCUCUUUCGAUCUCUCUCUUUCGAUCUCUCACUCUUUCUCUUUCAAUCUCUCUCUCUCUUUCUAUCUCUCUCUCUUUCGAUCUCUCUCUCUCUCUCUCUCUCUCUCUCUCUCUCUCUCUCUCUCUCUCUUGUUUUUCUGUUGAUUCUCCAUUAUUCACUCUUCUCACUUUCCGAGUUUCUUUUUCUUUUAUUUCUUCUUUUUCUUCCUCUUCCUAAACUCAUUCUUCUCACACUCUCUCUAUCAAUCUCUCUCCCCCUCUCCCCCUAUCCCCUCUAUCUCCCUCCCUCUCCCUCCUCCCUUCUCUCUCUCUCUUCUCUCUCUCUCUCACUUUUCCACCCAAAUUUUCCCUUCCCCCACCCACACCCGGCAAGAACCAAUUCUUCCUUUCUUUCUUUCUUUCUUUCUUUCUUUCUUUCUUUCUUUGUUAAUUAUCUAUCUAUCUAUCUAUCUAUCUUUCUAUAUCUGUUGAGAUCUAUCUAUCUAUCUAACUAUCUGUCUGUCUGUCUGUCCGUUUCAAGUCUAUCCAUAUGUAUCUAUAUAUCUAUCUAUCUAUCUCAGUGUUCUGUUCAUAUCUAUCUAUCUAUCUAUCUAUCUAUCUAUCUAUCUAUCUAUCUAUCUAUCUAUCUGAGUCUGUUCAUAUCUAUCUAUCUAUCUAUCUAUCUAUCUAUCGAUGUGAGUCUGUUCACAUCUAUCAUCUAUCUAUCUAUCUGUCAUCUAUCUAUCUAUCAGAUCUGUUCAUAUCUAUCUAUCUAUCUAUCUAUCAUCUAUCUAUCUAUCUAUCUAUCUGAGUCUGUUCAUAUUCAUCUAUCUAUCUAUCUAUCUAUCUAUCUGAGUCUGUUCAUAUCUAUCUAUCUAUCUAUCUAUCUAUCAUCUAUCUAUCUGAGUCUGUUCACAUUCAUCUAUCUAUCUAUCUAUCUAUCUAUCUAUCUAUCUAAUUCAGUCUGUUCAUAUCUAUCUAUAUAUCUAUAUACUUAUCUAAUUCAGUUUAUCCAUAUCUAUCUAUCCCAAUUUCUUCAUUAUCUAAUUCAGUCUAUCCAUAUGUAUCUAUAUAUCUAUCCCAAUUACUUCAUUAUCUAUCUAUUCCAGUAUUUCAUUAUCUAUCUAUCUAUCUAUCUAUCUAUCUAUCUAUCUAUCUAUCUAUCUAUCUAUCCCAGUCUUGCAUUAUCUAUCUAUCUAUCUAUCUAUCUAU